ACUCUGCAGCCUGGGGCGCUGGGGGACUCUGCUGCAGCCCUUCCUGCACCAUGAAGGAGACUCUGUUCAAGGGGAACUUCUGGAGUACCGAUUUAACAAGCACAGUUGGCUACGACAGCAUCAUUCAACAUCUGAAUGAUGGCAGGAAGAACUGCAAGGAAUUUGAAGACUUUCUGAAGGAAAGGGCAACUAUCGAAGAAAAAUAUGGCAAAGAGCUUAUUAACCUGACAAAGAAGAAGCCCUGUGGGCAGACAGAAUUGAACACGCUGAAGAGAGCUCUUGAAGUUUUUAAGCAACAGGUAGAUGGUGUAGGGCAGAGUCACAUCCAGCUGGCCCAGACCCUCCGGGAAGAGGCUAGGAAGAUGGAGGACUUCAGGGAAAAGCAAAAACUUCAUCAGAAAAAGAUAGAGCUUGUAAUGGAGGCUAUUCAUAAAAACAGGAAUUUGCAGUAUAAGAAAACAGUGGAGGCAAAGAGGCUGUACGAGCAGCGAUGCAGGGAUAAAGAUGAAGCGGAACAGGCCGUGCACCGCAAUGCAAAUCUUGUAACACAAAGGCAACAAGAAAAGCUGUUUGUAAAGUUGGCUCAGAGCAAGUCAGUUCUGGAAGAUUCUGACAGGCUAUAUCAGCUGAAUGUUGGUUCGCUUGAGAGGAUCAGGGAAGAAUGGCAGAAUGAACACACCAAAGCCUGCGAGUUCUUUGAGACCCAGGAGUCUGAACGGAUAAACUACUUCCGCAAUGCGCUGUGGCUGCACCUUAAUCAGCUCUCUCAGGAGUGCGUCCAGAGUGAUGAGAGGUACGAAGAAACCCGUAGGAGUCUAGAAAUGUGCAGCAUCGAGAAGGAUAUCGAAUUUUUUGUAAAUUUCCGUAAAACAGGAAAUGUGCCCCCAGCUCCUGUGGUCUAUGAAAAUUACUAUAGCACACAAAGAAAUGCAACUUCAGCAAGAAAUCAGGCCCCAGCACCUGGGAUAGGGAGGAGGGGGCCGUUACCAAUCCCUGCAAGUGGGCCCGGUGACCCUGAUUAUGCUACGAUUGAUGGUUACAGUUUAAUACAUCACUAGCAUGAGCCGGUCUCAAAGCUGCUUGCCCAGUAGUGCCACUGAGUGCAAGAAAUGAGUCGUCUGAUCCACCCAUCAGAGACCGUGUAUUCAGUUGCAAUUCCAGCAUCGGGCACAGUGAUACAGCAUGGAACUGUUUCUUCUUUUAAAAAAUAUUUUGAAACUCUAGGGUAAUUAUUUAGUAUGUUCUGAGGAUCCACACAAGAUCCAACAAGGUCCCUCUUCCUUCAUGGCGACAAACUACAUGGACUGAUGUCCUAUUUUCAAGGUCAGCAAGGAGGACAUUGAAUCUUUGAAUAAUAUUCGCUGAUCCAAUGGAAUCUCUCCUAACAAUAAGAGACACUUGUGUUCUGGUAUUGGUGAGAGUUCUUUGUGAUGUGCAAACCUCAACAUCCAUGUGGAAGACUCUAAAGGAUUUUAAAAAAAGGAAUUUCUUCUCACCAUGACGACUGAGAAUUCACAUGUGCCACUGCAGUGCUGCCAAUGGGAAUCAUGUGCAGUGCGUUGGGCAUGCUGGGGCGUGCGCAUAGCACACAGGUCAAAGUAUGGGUUUGGUCUGUUAUGCUGGAUUUUCACCAGGGUGAUUAAGAUCAUAGCCUAGCCCUAAUUGUGGAGUGCUCAUUAGACUGCUUACUCAUGGCAAUGCUGAGAGUUAGAACUCGAGGGGGUAUUUAUAUGGCUGUACUGUGCAUUUGCUCCAGGCUACGCAAGUGAUGUUGGGAGAAGUUGAUUUAUAUCCUGUCUCUAUCUAGCAUGCUUCAGGAGCCUCUAUGGAUUACACGAAUGGUCCGUUGACUUCAAUAUGGGUUCUGACGAGAGGAAGGUGAACAAGUUAUGGCCCUUCAGUAGUUACCUCCCUCCCUUCCCUGGUUCUGCUGUGGCAUAGCAGUACAAUACAGAGCCAUCCUUGCAGGUCCAGGCUGGUGACCCCUCCAUUCUUCUUGAAUAACUGGAGGACAUGAGCUGACUGUCUGGAGAGGUACAUCCGCAAGGCAGGGCUUGCCACCAUUCAGCUACCCGCCACUUAGCCUACUCUCGACAGAUUCUGCAAACUCCAAUCAGGUUAAUCUGUGUGAGCAGCUGGACUCUUGGGUAUAUUUUUUGACCAGGACCCAGAGUCAGAACCUCGUGAGGUUUUGGCCAUUGGAGGCAACAAUUCAGGGACGUUGUCAGCUGCUUCUUCUAUCUUUUGCGUUCCACUGUCCAAUACGCUUGAAAAUAAAAGAAAUAAUAUUUUCUUUCGCCCCAUGCAUCUGAAGAAGUGAGGUUUUUACCCACGAAAGCUUAUGCUCAAAUAAAUAAAUCUGUUAGUCUUUAAGGUGCCACCGGACUCCUUAAUAUUUUCUUAUUGGCUUUUCCUGUCUCCAUUUAGCAAACCUUCCUCUCCCCCGCCCAUUUCUUGGGGGUCUAAUCCUGCUCCCAUUGAAGUCAAUGGCAGAAUUCCCAUUUGUUAUAGUGUUGUGGGGUCUGGCUCUUUUGUUUCUAAUAAAGCACAAACUAACUUGGUUACUGUUGUUGGCCUAGAGCUGCAAAACUCAUUUCCGAACCAGAACUUCCCCAGCUUUUAUGUCCAUCUCCAUUGGCUGUUACCUGUCAGGUGCACAGACACUGAUGAAGUCUGCCCAUUUGUGUGUAGCUCUCAGUGCGAGGGUGUACAGGUUUUAAUGUCUUGCUCUAGAGCAACAGGGAUGAUUCUGCAUCAAAUUGUGCCUGAGCUAUGCGUGAUUUGUACAAACCUAGGGAAUGUCGCUUUGUUCCCUUGUGUGGGAAAGACCCCAAUGUGAUAAGUGAGAUUUGAAUUCUUCCCUGCUACAUUUGAAUGACCUGUACAAAAUGCACAAUUCGAGGAAUAUGUUGUCUUAUAAAAAAAGACCCUUAAAUAUCCCAAUAUAAUUUUAUAUUGUAGAUUAUUUUUAAUCUCUCUCAAUAUAGAUAUAGAUAUAUAUUUUAGAUUUGUGGCUUGCAUACUGAACAUGUAAUUAUAUAUGCUCUAAAAUAGACUUCAGUGUGGGGGGUGACUGCUCCUCCCACAUGCAAAGGCCUGGACAGACUGGUUGUAGCCACAAGUACAGCGUGCAGGCAGGAGGCGUUGAAGAUUAGAGCUCAGCUACGGCACCUUUUCCCUGAUCUAACCUCUCUCUGCUCUGCCACUCCCAGCCCUCCCUUUGGAUCUCAGUCCUACACUGCAGCCCACUACUCUUUCAAAUCUCUCCCCCCAAAGAGUUCUGUCGAUGCUUCCCAACACUCUCGAUCUGAAGAAUUAAUUGAACGCUGGUCCUUGUAGCAUGUAAGUGCUGGCCUGUAUUCCGCUUCUGCUGGGCCUUUGAUGCAAACUUGCUAAUGCAGCGCAACGUGGUCCCCAACCUUUCUGUUGCAAUAGCAUAUUCGUGUUCCCAGAAGAGUGUGGCGGGCGCCGGACGACCAGCCGCCGAAAUGCCACCGAGAAGCAGCGGCGCUUCUUGGCGUUGUCGCUUCUGGGCGGCAUUUCGGCGGCUGGUUCCCAUGGGCACCGCGUUGGGGACCACUAUGCUAGUCCAGUCCUGGGUCUCCAACAGCAUCCUGCCAAUGCACCUCAAUGCUCAGCUUGAGCUUGCUGGGGUAUGGACUUGUGCUUUUCCUCCCGUUCUGGAGUGUGUAGCCUCUAGCACAUAUACUGUGUCUAUUCCAGUGCAAGACACCUACGGAUGUAUGGAACUUCAUUGACUGGAUCUCCAUAUAUAAUGGCCCAUUGGGCAGACUCUGUUUUUCUCUUGCCUCAGUUUGGAGGGGAGUGGAGGUGGGAAACUGAUCCCACGGGUUCCUGUAAAUGCAAGGGAAGCCCUGACUUUAAUGUGGUUGAAAAUGCUGAUGUAACACUCGUUGAAUUUAAACAGUGGUUCUCACUCUCUUUUCCAUCCUAGGCCCCCUUCCCAUCUAGCUGAAAUCCCGACCCAUUUAGAAACAUGGGAAAGAUGGGGUGAUUGUGAUCCCUGUGAUCCCAACACUUGUUUGUGACAGUCCCUAUCCCUGUUCUAGUAGUUGCAACUCCCAAGAUGAGAACCCCUUAUUUAAAAGAUGCCAGAAGCUGAUCAAGCCUGGAUUUCAUUUGUAAAUCCAGACCACAGAGCAUUAAAAGAGCAAACAGGUAAAGUGCAGAUGAGAAAAUCCUUCAUUGUUUUGUGGACACCAGAACAGUUGAUACCACCUGGUGAUACCACCUGGCCCUUAUAUGGUGCUUUUUCAUCAUUUGUUCUCAAAGUGCUUAACAAAGGAGAUAAAUAAAUUGGUUAGUCUCUAAGGUGCCACAAGUACUCCUUUUCUUUUUGCGAAUACAGACUAACACGGCUGUUACUCUGAAAGGAGAUCAGUAUAAUUAUUCCCAUUUGACAGGUGGGGAAACAGGCAUAGCAACUUGAUCUGUCACCAAGCAAGUCAGUGGUAGAGACAGGACUAGAAUCUAGGUCUCCUGAGUCCCAGUCCUGCAUUCUCUCCACGAGGCCACACAGCCUCAGUGUGUGAGAGAGUUAGCAUUGGUACAGAGCCUUUUUGAGUAGUGACCAAAUGUUACUUCCAUCUGAGAGCUGUAGAAAGAGAAUUGACCCUAGAUCUACAGCUAGGGCCUUUCAUUAGAGAUUACUGGGAUGGCAGUAUAGUAAGGUCAGGACCAUAGUAUAAGAACUAGUACUCAUGAGCAUAUUGGACAAGAAGCUCCUUUUCUCUGUUGGGAUUUCCAGGCUGACUCAGGGCAGUAGAUGGUCUUAUUUUGUUUCUUGCCUACAAAAACUGCUACUCAACAACUUUCAAAGUGGUGCACUGCGGUUUAGGCACAUGACUCGCAAUAAUUGUAAUGGAAGUCAUGCAGCUAACCCCACAUGCCUCACUUGAAAAAUGGAGGGGUUAAAAUGCAGCCCCAUAUCAGUUGUCCAAGAGUGAGGAUCCUAUCUCAGUCCUGAGAGUAGGGACUGCGAUUAUUUCCUUAUUUAGUUGACUGAAAUAAAUACACCAGGACCCCAAUUUAUAAGUGCUUUUCGAAAGGAUCUUUUUAGUUCAGAGUGUAGUUAAUCACAGGGCAAUGCCAUGAACAUUUGAAAUGUGGAUUGCUUCACUGUAUUUUCCCUCUGAUUUAAAGAAGCCAGUCCUGAAAGUGAAAGCAAAAAGUACGAGUAUUCUGCCGAGCCACUCUUAAAGAGAAAGAAAGCAAGCUGCCACCAAAAAUCAAGGUUCUUCUCCGAGUUGUGUCCUAGAGAGUGUCUAAAAGCACUUCAAAAUCAAUAGGUCAGUACUCCCUAGAUAAAAGAGGAAGGUUUGAAACCACAAGCAACGCAAUAUUGAGUUGUUUUUCAGGACGUGAAUUAGGAUGGUGGUAGGCGUGUGGAAAUACUUUCAUUUCUAGCCUGACAUUUUCAGUUUCUAAAGGAAUUUGAAAAGGCAGAUUGUUUCAAACUGUAAAAUGUUAAUGAUAAAAAUGACAAGUGUGGUCAGUGGCUAUUGUAAAAGCUUUUUAUUAUUGUGAUUAGAGCAAUAGUAUGUAAGAGUUGAGGUAAAUUUGGAAUAUACCUGAAUUUAUUAAGAGUUUAGCACAACUGAGCUAAAGUGAAACUUCACAAGCAAGUGGUACAAGGGAGCUUUCAAUCUGGAGCCGCAGAACUCCAUCAACCAACACCCCCCCAUCCCUGUAGCUGCAGAGUUACAAGUGAUACAUCACCAGAAAAAACAAUGACGAGUCCUUGUGGGACCUUAGAGAAUAACAAAUUUAUUUGGGCAUAAGCUUUCGUGGGCUAAACCCCAUUUCAUCAGAUGCAUGGAGUAGAAAAUAUAGUAGGGAGGUAUAAAUACACAGCAUAUGAAAAGAUGGGAGUCACCAGAAAAAACUCUCAUUGAAUGUUUGUUUCCAAAGCAUGAGAUUUGCUAGCUGCUUUUGGAAACCGUAACUUUUCUACACAUUAAACCUCCUGUGAAUAUCCUGCUGUAUUUCUCUGUGCACUUGCAGCGCAGAGAUUGCUGCAUUCUAUGUUAAAGCUGUUAACUGAAUGAAAAGAGAAUUUGAGCUAAUUUGGAAAUUAAGUGCAAAACUCUUUCUUAUCUGCACUGGAAAUUGCGAUUGCAUCUUUGUUACUCAUUGUGUGAACUGUUAUUGACACCACUAGACUUGCCAAUGUUGUAGCCAAUACAACAGAGCCCUGAGGGCAGGUAAGUGAUCUGUAGUGUGACUUAGAUGGAGGGAACAUUAGUUAGUGGCAAUAAGAAUUUUAAGAUAGCUAAACUGUUGUGGUACAGAAGAGGACAUCAGUUAAUGUGUCACAAAGAUAUCACUCACCACUGCAGUAAAGGCGAGGGAAAAAAAGCUUGAAGUAAGUUAGUGGAAGUUAUUUUUGCUUAUGUUCGCCUAUCUGUAAUGGGCUUCCUAACCAGGAUUUUAACCUUGUGUCCAUAGACCUUCCUGCACAUUUUAGCAACCAUGCAUGCACAGUUUAAUCUGUGUCUGAACACCAUGUGGUAGGUCAGUGUGGCUAGAUCCAACGCUGUUGGAAUGCUGGGGUUGUGAGAGAGGGGAAAUGUGCCGUCCAGUGACAACACAACGACAUACUGUCUCGUUGCUUGUAAAACACAGCAGAACUGUUGGUUUGCAGAGAGCCUUACAAAAUACUUGUCCAGAACUGAUUUUUGUUAAUAGAAAACGAAUGAGUUUUGACUGGUAAAUUAUCUGUGUGAUGAGUUUUGUCUGUGCUGAGUAAGAUGUGCAGUGCUAUGGAUGAAAACAAUGAAAUGAAAACAAAUGGGCUGCUUCGUCAUGAACUGUGCAUUUUAUUGGAUUGUUUUUGUAAACUUGUAAUGAUUUGUUUGUCAUGUAAAUUAAGAUCUAGCAGUUCCCUGCUAUCAUUUUUCGGAAUAGUUAAUAAAAUGGUCAUGAUACAG